CCCCUUCAGGCCCUGCCAGGGGCUCUGAGCUCUGCCUGGAGCCUUCUCCUCUGCAGGUGAGCAGCCCCAGCUCUCCCAGCCUGGCUCCAGCCCUGGAUCAGCUCCCUGGCCUUUGCCAGCCCCUGUUGAAGUGACCUCAGACUCCUCCAGGCCUUGCUGUGUCCAUGUCCUGCUCCAGUUUGGGUGCUCCAUCCUUUUCUGAUGAUCCUGAGCUCCAGACUGCAAAUACUUGGAAACUCAGGAAGGGUCUGGAACUUUUUUUGUCGUGACAUUUCCCCUUGCCAAAAUCAGGAACUCUCUUGGGAUGGGUUUCCAGGAUGGUUGAGGCAGGUGGCAUUGGCAAUUCCAGCUGUUCCAGUGGGUCUGGGCAUCCCAUGGAGGGAAAGGUCUUUACAGUGGCAUGUGAGACUCUAAGGGAGACACUGAGUGCUCAGAGUCUUCAGGCUGCUGCUGCCCCCCAUGAUUCCCAGGCCCAGGAUGAAGCCCUUUUCCAGGGCAGCCUGUUGAGCUGCAGGGUGAAGGUUUUCCAGCCAGAAGAAGGAAUGCUUUCCGUACAUUUGCUUACUUCAGCCCAUUAUCUGCCCCUGUCCCCCUCCUCCUGCUCUGGCUCGCUCUCCCCUCCCGGUGUUUCAGUGCUGAUGGGGUCGUACGUGCCAGACCCCAUGGGGAUCCCAUUCCAGACACUCAUCCUCCUUUAGAAAACAUCCAAAGUCAAGGCCGUGCAUCCCUACCAGCGAGUGCAGCAGCUUCGAUCUUUGCACGUUUCCAAAAGGAGCUGCAGACCCAAAAAUAGAACAAAUAAAGUUUCUUUGCCACCUCCCUCGCUGCUCCGCAGCGCGACAGCCCCGGGGCGGCUCAGGGGAGGUGGCCGUGCCUCGGCCACUCAAGGCCACCCGUGGUUAAAAGGGAGAGCUGUCCUCCCUCUUGCUGCCGAGGGCUUGGGAUCCUGAGCUGCUCCAGGGAAGAGCUGAGGUGGGACCAUGAGCGCUCUCAGGGGGCUCCUGCUGUGCCUGCUGCUGCUGCUCCCCUCUGCAGCUCGGCCCAGCAAAGAGGGAAGGGAUUCCCUGCUGGAGCCGAGCCUGCUGGGAGAGCCGGGGCUGGAAGCAGAAGGGAGAAAGGUGGGAAAUGGAAGUUCGCAGGAGACGCCCAGGUCCAGAAGGGCUGCUGCCGCUCGCCUCUUCUCCAAGCCUGAGCCGGGAGCCGAAUGCCCGCAGGGGGUGGCUGAGGAGGAGGGCCCGGGCUGGUCCCGCUCCAGCCUGCAGCCCUGGCCCCUCGGGGGCCUGGAAGGGCCCGUGUGCAGGGUGAAGAUGGAGCAGGACGGGGCCACCCCGAGGCAGCUGGAGGUGGUGGGUGUGCUCAGCCACUACGAGAGCACCUUCAUCAAACUGCUGAGACGGCGCCGGAGCUGGGACGGGAACUUCCCGGGGACCUUCGGGCUGUGCCGGCCCGGGGAGGCAGGGGCUGCUCCCCAUCCCCUGCAGAGGAUCCACGAGCACGUGCUGGAGCCGGGGCUGGAGAGAUUCCUCGUCCUGCACCUGGAGGAAGUGCAGUGGGAGGCGCAGGUGAAGCUGCGGUUCCAGCUGGUUUUCCAGGCGGAGGUGGGACGGGCUGUGGGAGAGCUGCAGGCGGCCGUGAUGCUCUUCUACCUGGGCCGCCGGGAGGGCCGGGGCUCCGGGCAGCCGCAGGAGCUGCUGGCCAGCGGCCCGGGGCUGCCGCGGGACCAGCCCACCCCAGGCCGGCACCGAGGAGCUGCCGACCCCCGCUGCCCCGGGCCAAGCCAACGCCUCGUCCCCAGCUCCCGGUGGCAGCGCCCAGUUCCUGGCAACCCUGACCCGCUUCAUCCGGCAGCUCCUGAGCUCCUCCAGCGAGCCGCCCCCCCAGCCCAGUGCCCACCACUGGCUGGACUUCGAGAUGAUGGAGACCCUCCCUCACCAGCUGCUCAACCUGUCGGAGGAGGCGGCGCUGGAGCGGCUGGUGCAGUCGGAGGAGCCCUCGGUGCUGCUGCUGCCCCAGGACAGCGGGGCCGUGCUGGAGCAGCACCUGGGGGACUGGCAGCCGGAGGGCACCGUGCUGCAGCUGCUGAUGGGCAAACUGCAGGCGGUCAUCCAGGAGCUCAGGGACAUCCCGGCUUUCCAAGCCAACGCGGCGCUUUUCCAGCGCCUCCUGACCUUCUGCUACUACCCAGCAGAGCCGGGGCAGGCCGAGGCGGCCGAGCGGGACCCGGGCUCUCGGAAGCUGCGCACGCUGCUGCUGCUGAAGGCGCUGCAGUCGGUGCGGGCGCGCUGGCAGGAGCGCAGGAAGGUGCAGCGGCAGAACCGCAGCGCCCGGCAGCAGGCGCACUGCCGGCUGCAGGAGCUCACCAUCGACCUGCGCGACCGCCACUUCGUCAUCAUGCCCACCAUGUACGCGGCCAACAACUGCGAGGGGCCCUGCCGGCUGCCGCUCUCCGCGCGCAUCCCCAGCUAUUUCUCGCACACGGUGCUGCUGCUGGGCAUGCAGGACCAGGGCUCGCCGCUGCGCAGGGCUCCCUGCUGCGUGCCCGUGCGCUACUCGGACCAGCUCAUCAUCAGCCUGUCCUCGGACGGGCUGGAGAUCCGCAAGUUCCCCAACAUGGUGGCAGAGGAGUGCGGCUGCCGGUGAGGCUCCCGCCGGCCUCCCCGCUCGCCCCACCCCGGCCCCUCUCCCGGUUUGCCCUCCCGGCUCGGGAUCCGGUGCUUCUCCCGAGACGGGAGCUCCCGUGUGUCCUUCGCCCAUGGUUUGGCUCGUCGCUCUGGUUCUGGGUUCGUCCAUGCCUGUCCCUGGCGCUGCUCCGGGCUCCGCUGGGCAUGUCCCCCUGCCGCUGCUGAGGGUGCCCGAGGUGCCCGCGGGCUCUGCCUCCGCUGGGCAGGGCCGUGGGGAGGACAAGGCUUGGCAGAUCCAGGCAGGACCGUUCUUGUUUACCCCUCACUCUCUGCUCCUGUGGUGGCUGGGGAGGGCAGCUGCUGCCUCCUCCAAGCCUUGCAGCAUCCUCUGGCCAUUCCCCAGCCCACGGCCCAUCACGGGACACCCCUGGCCACACGGCUCCACCUGUGACAGCAGAGCAAGAGGCCAAAUCCCCUCGCAGAGACCAGCCUUGCCCUGGGGACACGGCUCUGUGUGAGCCGCGGCCGCGAGGAGCCGCUGGCCGUGCCUUGGGGCUCCCGGCCAGGUCACAUCUGCGUCACCCCGCGCUGACCCCGCUGCCGGGGCGAGGGGAGGAGGGAGGGAGCGAUCCCCUUACAGCUCCCGGGCUGCUCUCACCAUUAAUGGGAGCGGGAGCAAACGGCUGCCAGAGCACCUGCUCCGUGUCCCCGCCGGCGUCAGCACGGGCUGCCUGCCCCAGAUCAUCUUCCAGCUGAGCCCGGCCCCCAGCCGGGGAGCCAAACCCUUGGGAGCAGCUCCUGGGCUUGUCCUGGCUACACCUCCUCGGGCUUUGCAUUGGAGGGGUGCACGGCUGGGGGUUGGUACCCACCAGUCCCACCUCACAGCCCUGCAGGAUUAACCCUGGAAACACACACGCACAUAACCAGGGACAAAACACAUAACCAGGGACAAAACACAUAACCAGGGACAAGGGCUUUUCUCAUUUUCCUUUGGUUUUUUUUUUUCCUAUUUUUAAAAGCAUCCAGUUGAAUACCUUAUUAAAAAUGAAAAUAGUUUAUUUUAA